ACUAUCAAGCAUAUAAAACUGUCGCCAUCUAUCAGUCUCACCCGUUUUUUCUUGUAGUUCGACAUGAAGUUUACUCCAAUUUGUGCUUUGAUAGCAUUACUUUUCAGUGUGAAUGCAAAUGCCUUCGACUGUCAGGCUGGCCACUUCAAUGCCCCAGUUGACACUUCAACAACAACAUGGUACCCUUUAAAUUUCAACGAAACCGAGCCACCAUUGUUUCCAAACAACUUCAAUUGUCUCUUUAACAUUAUGGUCCCAGUUGGAUGGAGUGCAGUUGUGAGACUAACAAUGAAUAUGACAAUACCGAGUGACUUUGCAGUAUCAGUACGAGGUUUCGAUAAUUACGGAAAUUCUGAUGCGGUGUACACAGCGACUAACGAACAUUUCUAUUUCAUUUCAAACGGUGGAAGUAUUCAAUUGAACACUAGACAACAAAAUGUCAGAUUUGGAUUCAAUUUGAGAUAUUAUAAAAGUGCUACUGUCUUCGAUGCUUCGCAUGGAAACGUGACUGUUUCGGAUUUACAACCAGCCACAUAUUGGGCUUAUCUAACGUCUCCAAUUCAAAUUAAAGCAGACACCAGAGUAUCCCUUGUUGUGAAACCUCCACGUGAUGAUGAAACCUUUCAAUUUUUGCGUGGUGUAAUGGUAUAUGACGGACCUGACUGGAAUUCCAAGUGUCUUGGAAAUCUGCUAGAAAUUGUAAAAAGAAAACAGCAACUUGUUUCUUCUAGACAGUAUAUGUCUGUCAGCAUGCUAAGCCCAUAUCCGCAAACUGGAAGAACCAUGCUUGUAUUCCAAGAUUAUCAGAAUACGAAGGAUGUGGUACAGUACCAGGGAUUUGCUUGUGAUCGUAUUGAAGCUUGCGGGACGGUUAGUAUGGAUGGAACAAAUGGUCCAGCUGCAAUUGCAACUGUCAUGGAUGAUUCUACCAUUGGCGCUGAGUAUUUAAAUAGUGCAUCUGGGUCUGGAACUUUAGAAGUUUAUAUCGGUGGAAAAACUACGUCAAAAGCCAAUGUGGUUGCUACAUACAAUCUAAAUGAAACUUCAUUGUACCUACCACAAGAAUUCCUUGGAUAUGUCAGAACUUAUGUGCUUACGGGAACAAAUGCAUUCCUCAACUUCACAAGAUCCUCCUCUCAAUUUAGUUCCAAUGCUCGAAUUGGGAGAAAAGGAUUCUUUGCAUCGCGUUACUUCAAAUCAGGUUCACCGUCUAAAUAUCAGGAUGGUAACGAUUUCCUAAGAACCACUAACAGUCAAGUCGUCAACUUUUCCUUCUCCAUUGUAGAAGCAUAUUUUGUGGGAAACACGACGUUGAGAAUUUCAGUUUAUAGUGGAUCAAAAUGUACUUAUAACCAAACUUACACAUCUUCCAACCAGCCAACACUAAACGUCAAGGUUCAAGCUCUGGGUGAUCGAUUUAGUUCCAGUUACAAUACUUAUGGUUACAGUACAAAUGGAUUCUAUAUGAACUACGAGCUUCUGAAAUCUUCUGGAGCUCCCAGGAUCUUUGUAAUUAUUUCAUUUUAUUUUUUUAUUGUUUUGAGGUUGAACUAAACUUUAUUUUGACGAAGAUCUUAAUAAAUUUGUAAAAUUUG